GGAGGUCGGAGAUGGAGGGGCCGACGUGGUGUGUUCGUGGCCGGGGUUUGGCGGGUGGUUAUUUUGGCGUCGCGAGCCGGUAUCCCUGGCAACGUGGGUCGUGCGGCCGCGGGAACUUCGCGCUCUUUUUCGCGUUGUUAUUGUAGCAUAGUCUGAUAUGUGGGCUUCGAUGUUUGUUUUUCGCAUACAGCGGGUGCAAUAAGUCUCAUUUUGUCUCAUUUCCAUAGUAAAGCAAGUUAUGAUUACGUACAAUAGAAAGCCCUAUUAGUUUAAGGAAAAUCCGAUUUGGGUAAAGAAGCAUAAGAUUCUUAGUUUUACCUUGAUAUUAUUUGGGGACAGCAUAUCUGGUGCCUUUUUCCUGAACAUUCAAGAAUGCAGCUUUGUUUACCACAGGCAAUUGUAAUACCAGGACUUGUCAUGAAGUGAAUAUAUACCUGAAUAAGGAGGAGGGUUGCCUCCCUCCGUGCACGGGAAAUGGCUGUGAAAACUCUGUGCCAGUGCAGUGCCAUGGAAGGAUCUUGUGCCAUGAAUCACACCUCAGACAUCAAAUAUUGAACUGAAAGGAAGCCUUGAACACUUAAGAUAACAAAAUGGAAAUGUACGAGACCCACAACAUGCAGGAACAAUCACCGGACCGCAGGACGGUGGUCCACGAGAAUGAAUCUCUAAAGCAGAAGAUUUUGCAAAUCGAAAUGCAAAAUGUGGCUCAGCAAAGGCGGCUUCAGCAGCUAGAGAAGAUGGUGAUGGAGCUCAGUCGCAUGAAAUCCCCGAAGGAUGUUCUGGACACCCCGCACAUGACGCCCUUCCGAGAACCCACCGAAAACGGUAGCAAGACAGAGAGAGCACAAGAAGGAAGGUUAGAGGACGCCUCAGCUGGGGCUCGGGGGAAGGAAGGAGCAGGCGGCGGUCGCGAGGAGGACGACCAUGCCGAUGGGGGCAUGUCCGACAUCGUGGCAAACCUGAUGGACGAGUUCGACCGCACCGCCAGAGAGAACGGCCUGAUCUACGGGAUGACGCCGACGCGAAGCACGGCCGAUUCGGAGGACCAGGGCGACGACUUCACGCAAGGGGAGGGAUCAGGAGAGCCUGACCUCCAUGUGGCAGCUGAGGAUGGGUGCGAUGUAUCCCCCACUCCACUGCCAGCUUUCCUCACGCCUUUGUAUCAGAACUCUGUAUCAAGCAAAAAUGAAAAUGGCUUCAAUGACGAACCUUUGGUAACACCUCGGUUAAGCCUCACCACACCUGUGCUUCUCACUGUUAAUGCACUGAAAGAGAUGGAGAGAAGCCAGACUACUUGCCCAGAACCAUUUCAGAGAGAAAACUAUUUAUUUUCCAGUGUGUCCUCCCAUUCUCAAAGCUCAAAAGUCUCUCCAGUUAAGUCAAGAGAUAUCUUACCCGCAAAAGCAUGUCCUUCAUUCUCAGCUGUUAUUGGCAGCAAGACCAGUCCCUUUGCAAACCUUUUGCGAGGAUUAAACCAUGUAGCCAACAAAAAUCCAGGUGGAAACUCCAACCCUGGAGAUGGCCACAUGUUGCAGGCAAGCAGGAAGGCACAACCUACUCACAUGCAAAGACUGCCUUUGAGGUCUCAGAUUCCAGGAAGUCCCAGUAGCAUAACAAGUAGCAUCACAGGUCAUGUUUUCAAGUGGAGCCAGUCAUUAACUUUACCUUUACUGUCACCACUUCCUGAAAGCCAUUGUGGGGACAUCCAGGCACAAGGUGCUUCAGAUGACGAUUUCUUAACAGAGUUGAUGUACAAUUUAGCAGAAAAGCAGGACCAAGAGGAGGCAUCAGAUGAGGAGGACUUGGUUGUGGACGAGGUCGUCUCGCUGUCCAUGGUGGGCAAAGGCAGACGGCAGCGCUCAGAAUCCAUUUGCUCGGUCUCUGGGCCUUGUGUGCCACCUGAUCUCCUCCUCAACACGUGCAAGGUUGAAGACAGUCAGGUGAAGGAAGAGGAUGUUUUAACAGAAAUUGCAGGUGUGUUUGAUGAUUCCACAUUGCUGGCAGAUCAGCUUAUUGAAGCCCAGUUUAGCCAAGAGGAACUGAAUCAGCUGGUCAAAGAGGAGGUGGUGUCCGACUCAAUACUCUUGCCGAAAAAUACCAGCGCACCUGCCAUGCAAGAUGAUGAGGACCUCCAGUACUUGAAUAUCUUACAAAAUGAAGCAUCUACCAUUUGUGAAAAUAGUGCUCUGAGAAAGUCUAAUACAGAAAGGAUUAACAUUGAGGAUGUGGACAUCAAACCUGAGGAAUUGGAUCGGCCAGUUCCUUCAAAAGAGCCACUGAAAGGUUUGGAGAAAUCUAAAUCUGUGGCUGACCUAAGUGGACUUAAUGCACAGGUCAUUAGUGAGAAGGUGAAGUCAGUUCAAGCCUUGCAGGGCAAUCGGACGUUAAGCAUCGAUGGCAAGGAAGUUAAGCUGCCGGCUGGCUCGAUCAUUCUGGCUGUAGUAAAUGAGUCAGGUUCCCUUGUGCCCUUGCCACAGCUCCAGGUGACACCACAGUCCCUGACUCGUGCAGUGAAGACAGAGAGCCCUGAGAGAGGGCAGGAUGAGGAGAUUGAUAUUGAAACAGUCUCUGAGAAAACUCCAGUGUUGGAGGCAGGUGACCUGGAUAGCCUCUUGGCACAGUUUGAGGCUUCUGAGGCAGUUAACAAGACCUCAGGUGAAGGGGCCAAGGAUGGCCCCAGCAGUGCUCCUGAGCAGGUGAAGGUCAGCGGAGGGGCUUUAACACAGAGCAGGGGGCCCUCUGUGCCAGGUAUUGUCCCCCUGGGCAUCUCCCCACAGUCCUCCCCCACCCACCAGAAGAUCAAGGAUGCUUUGCCCAAGGAGAUCAUUGAGAAAAUUAAAGCAUCAACUAAACGGAAAAGUACGCAAAUGUUGUCGGAGCCACCUGUGCUGCGCAAAGGCCGUGGAGGGAGACAGCAGGAAGGAACUACCAACCGCAAUAAAAUCCUUCGUGUUGCGCCCCAGAGCACUUCUGCACAGACUGCAACAGAUGAACGAGUCCCUCCUCCAGUAGACCAUGACUACUGCUUCUCUCCAGACAAACAAAAGCAUGCCAAGCAAGACUCCAGUGAUAGGAUGAAUGAUGAGUUCUUUAAUAAACUUCCUGAUUAUUACACCACUAUGUCGAGACGCCAGUCAAAGAAGGCAAGCAUCUGUUCGGAUGAUGGGCAUGAUGACGGUGGUAAGAAGGACAGUGGUGUGGAGUCGGGAGAUGUGAGUGAUGCGAGUGUGGAAACAGAGGAGCGCAAGAAGGAAGGAAAAGAUGGAAUGAGUAGACAGGAAGGGUGGAAUAACCAGGAGAAACUCAAAAAUAAUGAUAACACAGAUGAUGUAUAUGACAAAAUUCCUGCUUACAUGACUGACAUUGGCAAUGUCAAGCCCAAAGAUGAAGAAGAGAUGAAUGAGAAUGAAGAAAAGGAUGGAGAUAACAUAGUCAUUACUAAUAAGCCUGAGGUGAAGAAAAUCAAACGGAAACUCAAUCUGUCAGAGUACCGGCAGAGAAUAAGAAGUGCGCAGAGUAGUACUUGUCCCUCCCCUAACCAUACUGACUCUGUGCAGACCUCGCCAAAGCAAGGUGACUUGCCGGUGUCUGAUCUGGUCCAGAAGAUGGAAGAGGCCAAGACUGAAGAGGAGAAGUCAGAUCUUGCACCUAAAGAUACUGCUGUCGAUGUAGUAGAGCCAGAGGAAGACACAGAGGAAGGUGAACUGAAGGGGGAUUCCGACCCAGAGGUUCCUAUGAACCAGCUGGCGGAGAAGGCAGCUGAAGUCUACAGUGCAGCAAACAGGACACCGGAAAAGACAAUGUUGCCUGUUCAACCAACUUCCUGCAGCAGCAUGGGGUCAACAAGCUCUCGUGAUAGUAGAAGGAGAAACUCCAGGACUUGCUCAAUGAGAAGGUGGUCAUCCUCAAGCAGAAGUAGAAGCCGAAGUAAGAGUCCCUUGAAUAGCAAAAAGAACCACCUAUCUCGCAAACACAGAUCUUCACGUGGGAAGAGAAGAAGGCGUCACAGGAAUUCCCACUCGUCAGUUUCUCCACACAGUUCCUCCAGGAGGAGGUGGUCCAGAUCUCGGUCACGCUCCAGGUCCAGGUCCAGGUCCAGGUCCAGGUCAAGGUCAAGGUCAAGGUCAAGGUCCAGAUCCAGGUCAAAGGGGCGAUGCUCAUCCACAUGUAGUUCAUCCUCGUGCUCAAGCUCAAAAUCUAGGUCAAGGUCUCGAUCUACCAGGACACGAGAUAGGUGGGGAUAUUCACGUAGAUUCUCUAGAAGUCGGGAUAGGAGACGCAGAUCUCACAGUCGCUCAAGAUCACGUUCUUCAUCACGCUACAGCAGAGUAACACGUUCCCGCUCGCCCGUCUGGGGGAACAGAAGAUCCCGCUCACCCCCUCGACUCCCACCGAGAAUAAGGAGACCGGAGGAUGAGGAUCGAGUCAGACAAGUGGAAGAACGCCGCGUUAUAUACAUUGGUCGCAUUACGGAGGGGACCACUAAAGCAGAUCUGCGACGGCGGUUCCAAAAAUAUGGAACCAUUGUCGACAUUAGCGUUCAUUUUAGGGAACACGGGGACAACUAUGGGUUUGUAACGUUUAAGAAUAGGGAUGAAGCUUACCAAGCUGUUGAGAAUGGUAACGAGGAUCCCUCACUCCCACACUAUGACCUGUGCUUUGGGGGGAGACGAGCAUUCUGCAAGGUUCAAUAUUCAGACUUGGAUGCCCAAAAUGAGUCAUACAUGGGGGGGUCUCUUGCAAGAGGCGCGCCACACGGGGACUUUGACACACUCUUGCGUGAAGCAUUGAAGAAGAAACUGCGAUGACCAUGGGGGUUUCUAGCAUUUACUUCUGUAGUAAUUAUGUUUAGCUGACCUGUAGUGUUGGUUAGGAACAUGUGAUUAUAAUUUUUUUUCUAAUAUUCAUAGAUAUGUAAAUUAGUGUCAAAUUUUGCUUUUACUUUUUUUUUUCUUUUCUUUAUUAAAUACCUGAUACUCAUUUUGGUCUGCCAUUUCUUACUUUUUUAUUUGCCAUUUAUUACCUGUUUUCUCCAGUAAGGUGAGAAGCAAGUUGUUUUCCUACUAUACAUAGUAACUGAGAGAUUAAGUUUGUAUAUAGUUUCAGCAGAUUUUUGUUUCUCAAAAGAGCUUGUAUAUGAGUAUAUAUUAAGAGAUCAAAGUGCAGUGCGAUGGUGAGAGUUGUGUCCCUGUUUUCAAAAGUUCCUGCGACAACCAGGUAGAAAAAGAAUUUAGCACAAUUAAACAUAAAGGAAAGUUGGCGGCUAAAAGAGGAUUCUGAAUUGCUCUGAAAAUCUUUUUUAAGGUAUAUCUGUACUUCGAUCCAAAAGAGGAGAAAAGAAUAGGGAACAGAGUAAGCCCCCCCUUUGAUGUAUAUCCAUAUACACAUACAUACAUACAUACAUACAUACAUACAUACAUACAUACAUACAUACAUACAUA